AUGACGGCUUCUGUGGCGAUACAUUCCUCCAUGCCUUAUCCAAUCGUAUAUACAGAAGCGAUGAAGGAUUCUCCUAGAUUUCGGGCUUCAAUCUCACAACACACUCAGUAUUUCAACAAAUUAGAAAAUCGUUUGAAUGAGAUUCUUAAACAUGUGACUGCAAUGAUGGAAUAUAGUAAGAAUUACAUUGCAACGUUAUAUAAAUUUACGGUUUCUGUUAAUCAGUUAUGUGAUGAGAGCUUCAGUGGUAAUGCUCUCUCUCAACCAACUUUCCAAUCUCUGUCGGAAGCAUUCGGGCAAACCUUAAGUCUUUCAAAAUCCUAUUAUGAACAAACUAACUUACUAGUUUAUGAAAAAUUAGCUUCUUUCCUUAAACAAGAAUUAACAAAAGUCUCGACUGCUCGAGCACACUUCGACACAAUGUCCAGCAGUAUGGAUGAGGCCUUGGCUAGGAAUUCGUCCAUCUCUCGCCAGAAGCCGAACGAUGCUGCAGAAGGUCGCAAUGCUCUUACAGCUAUUGGAGCUUGCUUCGCUCAUACAACCCUCGAUUAUGUAGCUCAGAUUAAUGUGGCUCACGCAAAGAAGGAUUAUAUGAUCAUAGAUGCAUUGUGGUCGUUUGUGAAGGAGACCUCCUCUUUUUUCUCGCGCGGCCAUGCUGUCUUCGAUGAAUGGACAGCAGCUGAUAAUGGAAGUGUGGCUGAAACGAUAGCAACUUUAUCAGAAAAAUGCAAACACACAGAGCGAAAAAUGCAGGACAUUCACUCCCUAGUUCCAAAGGAAAUGUUCCAGCAUCCUUCUGGGAUGCCUCCUGACCCGGACGUCAUGAUGGAAGGUUACCUUCUAAAACGAUCAUCCAACGCCUUCAAAACAUGGAAUCGUCGAUGGUUUCAAAUCAGAGAUAAUAAAUUGUUGUAUUCCCAUCGUUCCAAUGAUUAUGAAGAGCCCACCAUAAUGGAAGAAAAUCUCAAACUCUGUCUUGUUCGUCCUGCCCCUCCAUCAAUCGAUCGUGCUGGUUGCUUUGAACUCGUAACCCCCACCAGAAGCCAUUUAUUGCAAGCAGAUACUGAGUCGCUUUGUAAUAAUUGGAUGCGAGCUCUCCAAAGAACAAUUUUGGCUUUGCAUGAGUGUGACGAUGAGAACACGAAACCAAGUUCGUCAAACAGCGAAACAACAAUAAUCCCCAAAGGUUCCAAAGUUCUACCAAACGAGAACAGCACAACUUUUGAGCAAAUCAGACGUGUACCUGGCAACGAGAGUUGUGCGGAUUGUGGGAGUGAACAACCAAAAUGGGUCAGCAUUAACUUGGGUGUGGUUUUAUGCAUUGAAUGCUCUGGAGUUCAUAGAAGUCUUGGUGUUCAAGUGACUAAAGUUCGAUCUCUCACAAUGGAUUCCAUAGAUACGGAGCUGAGAGAUGUCUUGCUUAGUUUAGGGAAUAAGCUCGUAAACUCCAUUUAUCUCGCUCAUUUACCGCAGUCUAACGUAGUUCCUCCGGAAGCUACUGAGACAUGCAAUCGUCAGGUUCGAGAAGCAUGGAUCAAAGCCAAAUACGUUGAACGUAGGUUUUCCAUCUCUUCAUCCGAUCGUGCGCGAGGAAUUGCUGUAGCGAGACACGACAACCUUCAAGCGAAGCAAAAGACAAGUAUAGGAAAUAGAUCCACAUCAUAUGCGGAUGUCAAAGAAGCUGAAAUCGCGUGUGCUGCAGGUUUUAGUGAUGAUAAGAAGAGAUUAUCAUCAUGCGGAUCUGAACAAAAUAUAGCAGAGGAUCAAGGAGAAGCUGUUUCCUGGAAACUGAUUGCUGAAGCAGCCCGUUCUGGUGAUAUCGUUGUGCUUCUCCGAGCUAUCGCAAGCAAAUUCGAUUUGAAUACUGUCCAAAAUGGAACUACCCUUCUACAUAUGGCAACCCAAAAUGGUCAAACUGCGGCUGUUGAGUUCUUGUUGCUGAACGGAGCCAAAAUUAAUAUUCUGGAUGAACGACUCAAUUCGCCAAUGCACUUGGCUGCCUUAGAAGGAAAUACUUUGCAAGUUUGCCAACUUUUGAAACGUGGCGCCGACAAAGAUUUGAAAAAUGCUGAUGGAGUGACGCCUCUGGACAUUGCCAUAGAAGGAAAGCAUGCAGACAUUGUAACGUUAUUCCGAGUUCACACGAUGCGUGAUGAGUUCAAUGAAGAGUUUGACAAUCCCAUGAACGAAACUGUCGACAACGUGAUCUCGGACAUAACUCGAAGAGCAGCAGAGAAUAAAAGUUCUUCUGGUUGA